UCCCGCGCCCCUCACUCGGCGGGUUUAGCUCUAGGGAUCCCCGCCCGACGCCCUGGCUCUCCUUCCCCUGCCCCGCGCCCGGAUGGCUGCCACCGGGUCCCAGAGCUCCCUGCACGGAGCUCUCUGCAGGCAGCUGCUGCUGACCGUCUUGGUCUUCAGUCUUGCUGGUGAAGCCUGCAAAAAAGUGAUAUUUAAUGUACCUUCUAAACUAGAGGCAAACAAAAUAAUUGGCAGAGUUAAUUUGAAAGAGUGCCUCCGAUCUGCAGCCCUCAUCCAGUGGAGUGAUCCUGCUUUCCGAGUUCUAGAUGAUGGGUCUGUGUACACAGCCAGUGCUGUUGUGUUGUCUGGUGAGAAAAGAUCAUUCACUAUAUGGCUUUCUGACAUAAAGAAACAGGUUCGGAAGGAGAUCAUCGUGCUCCUGGAACAUCAGAAGAAGGUGUUGAAGAAAAGACAAACUAAAGAGACUGUUCUCAGACGUGCCAAGAGGAGAUGGGCACCCAUUCCUUGCUCAAUGCAAGAAAAUUCCUUGGGCCCCUUCCCUUUGUUUCUUCAACAGGUUCAGUCUGAUGCAGCACAGAACUAUACCAUCUUCUACUCAAUAAGUGGGCGCGGAGUUGACCAAGAACCUUUAAAUUUGUUUUAUAUAGAAAGAGACACUGGAAACCUGUAUUGCACCAAGCCCGUGGAUCGUGAGGAAUACGAUAUUUUUGAUUUGAUUGCCUAUGCCUCCACCGAGGACGGCUACUCAGCAGACUUGCCUCUUCCACUGCCCAUCCGAGUAGAAGAUGAAAAUGACAACCACCCUGCUUUUACGGAAGCAAUUUAUAAUUUUGAAGUUUCAGAAAGUAGUAGACUUGGUACUUCAGUGGGGGCGGUUUGUGCCACAGACAGAGAUGAACCCGACACGAUGCACACGCGCCUCAAGUACAGCAUUUUGGAGCAAACGCCCAGGUCGCCCGGGCUCUUCGCCGUGCACCCCAACACCGGCGUCAUCACCAUCAUCUCUCAUUAUUUGGACAGAGAGGUCGUAGAUAAGUACACAUUGAUAAUGAAAGUACAAGAUAUGGACGGUCAAUUUUUUGGAUUGAUGAGUACAUCAACUUGUGUCAUAACAGUGAAAGAUUCAAACGAUAAUGCACCCACUUUCAGACAAAAUGCUUACGAAGCCACUGUGGAGGAAAAUGCCGUCAAUGUGGAAAUCUUACGAAUCCCGAUAGAAGAUAAGGAUUUAAUUAACACCGCCAAUUGGAGAGCCAAUUUCACCAUCUUAAAGGGAGAUGAACAAGGACAUUUCAAAAUCAGUACAGAUAAAGAAACUAAUGAAGGAGUUCUGUGUGUUGUGAAGCCACUGAACUAUGAAGAAAACCAUCAAGUGAACCUGGAAAUUGGAGUAAGCAAUGAAGUUUCCCUGGCUAGAGAGGUAUCCAGAGGGACAAGCACGAACAGAGCCUUGGUUACAGUUCACGUGAAGGAUCUGGACGAGGGGCCUGAAUGCAGCCCUCAGGUCCAAUAUGUACAGAUCAAAGAAAACUUAGCCAUGGGGUCAAACAUCAACGGCUACAAGGCAUAUGACCCUGACACUAAAAGUAGCAAUGGUUUAAGGUACAAAAUAUUGCAUGAUCCUAAUGGGUGGAUUGCCGUUAAUGAAAUUUCAGGGUCAAUCACAACUUCAAAAGUCCUGGACCGUGAGGCUACAACUCCCAAAAAUGAGUUAUAUAAUAUCACAGUCCUGGCAAUAGAUCAAGAUGGUAGAUCAUGUACUGGAACUCUUGCUGUGAACAUUGAGGACGUGAACGAUAAUGCACCAGUAAUACUCAAUGAUUAUCUAACAAUUUGCAAACCCAAGAUGGGGUAUAUCGACAUUUCAGCUGUCGAUCCCGAUGAACCUGUCCACGGAGCUCCAUUUUCUUUCAGUUUGUCAACCCCUUCUCCAGAAAUCAAUAGAAUAUGGACACUCACCAAAGUUAAUGAUACAGCUGCCCGUCUUUCAUAUCAGAAAAAUGCUGACUAUCAAGAAUAUACUAUUCCUGUUACUGUAAAAGACAGAGCAGGUCAAUCUGCAACGAAACUCCUGCGGGUUAAUCUGUGUGAUUGUACUCACCCAGCUCAGUGUCGCUCGGCUUCAAGGAGUGCAGGAAUAACACUCGGAAAGUGGGCAAUCCUUGCCAUAUUACUGGGCAUAGCACUGCUAUUCUCUGUAUUGUUAACUUUAGUAUGUGGAGUUUAUGGCGCAAAAAAAAGCAAACAUUUUCCUGAAGAUUUAGCACAGCAAAACUUAAUAAUAUCAAACACUGAAGCCCCUGGAGAUGAUAGAGUGUGUUCUGCCAAUGGACUAACUACCCAGACUGCUAACAACUCCAGCCAAGGUUUUUGUGGUACUAUGGGAUCAGGAAUGAGAAAUGGAAGGCAGGAGACCAUUGAAAUGGUGAAAGGAGGACACCAGACCUUGGAAUCCUGCCGAGGGCACCAUCACACCCUGGACUCCUGCAGGGGAGGACACACGGAGGUGGACAACUGCAGACACACUUACUCGGAGUGGCACAAUUUCACCCAGCCCCGUCUCGGUGAAAAAUUACAUCUAUGUAAUCAGGAUGAAAACCACAUGCCAUCUCAAGAUUACGUCCUUACAUAUAACUAUGAAGGACGGGGGUCUCCUGCCGGCUCUGUAGGUUGCUGCAGUGAAAAACAAGAAGAGGACGGCCUUGAUUUUUUAAAUAAUUUGGAACCUAAAUUUAUGACCUUAGCAGAAGCAUGCACCAAAAGAUAACCUCUCACUGCUACCCCUGGGUCUUUCCCAGCCGUUCCGGAGGUUUCCCAAAAUAAUAUAGGAAAGUUCGAUUUCAUCAUAUAGAUACAAUGAAUAUUUUCUCAAUUUUGAAUUACACUACUCACCAAUUUAUAAUUGUAAGGCAAUUUGUUGCUUACCUUUUCCAAGAAGUACAAAAUGUUAAAAUAGACAAUUAGUACAUCUCAUACUGCAGCAUUGGAAUAAAGGUCUCUACAGGGUCGGCUCUUCUUUCCACACACUUUCCCACUAAGUUUGUUAGGUAAAUAUUAGUCCAACAGUUGCUAAGCUGUGCUACUAUCACGUGUUUAUAUACUCACUUCAAGUAAUAGUUUAA